AUGUUGGUGAUCAUUCCAUUUCUUGCGUGUUAUAUCAUUUGGGUAAUUUCCAGUCCAAUUAACACUGGUAUUAGUUGCACAAUAUCUAUACGGUACAAAAUUGGCGAUCUUAAGAAGCCUGAACCAUUGCUCCUAAAACGGGUCGGCAAGCAUGCGACCAUCUGGUACCCGGAUAACAAUAAUGGGAUACUGAGGAUAUCCGCGGGUGACUCCAUUUAUCUGGCAUGCCCAGGCAAAAAUAAUUAUUUCCAAAACAGAAGUUGGGACAACGAGGUCGAAGCAGUUUGUGUAAGAGAUAAGAUGUUUGACGUGAAAGGCGUUCACCAGCAUAUCUCGUCUCUAGUUUGCAAAUCUUAUCCCGAGCACUAUGCUAAAUAUAUGGGCACGUCGCCUUGCCUCGGCAGACACAGCCCCAUUGAGAUUGGUUUCAACGUGAACGGCACCUUUAUCCGCACUAUUGAAUUAUGCCGCGAUAGACGGACAUAUAUGACGUACUACACGAAGUUCACGUUGACGAAAAUGAUCAAAAAUUAUCAAAGGGCCUAUCCCAGACCGUCCAAGUUCCUAGUGGGAAAAUUUUAUCCCGGGAUAAAUAUAGAUUAUCUGUACAAAUUCGAAACUCAGUUAGAUACUCUCACUAAAAUUCUGAAGUCGAUCAAGUUGGCUAAAAAACGAUUGAAAAAAUCACUGCAAUUUCUUUCCCGCGGACAUAUAGUAGCUAAAGGGGAUUUCGUCUACGGCAGCCAGCAGAGGUCAACCUUUUGGUACUUGAAUACCGCGCCUCAGUGGCAGACUUUUAACAUUGGUAAUUGGAAUUCCCUGGAGAUCAGCGUCAGACGCUUCGCCGCCAACCGCCGUUUGGACCUCGACGUUUACACGGGAGUGCACGGUCAGAUGACCAUGGAAGACAUUCAUAAUAAACAGCAACCCGUAUAUCUCCACCCCAAAGACGCAGUCAUGUCUGUACCCAAGUUCUAUUGGAAAGUCAUCUACGAUCCAUUGAGCAAACGUGGAACGGCGUUUGUGGGUCUCAACGAUCCGUUCAUCACAUUAGUCACAGACGACGUAUAUCUCUGCACAGAUAUCAGCGAAAGGAUCAAAUGGCUGAAUUGGAGACCAUGCAAUAUCACGUUAGGCAUCUCUUAUGCCUGCAGCGUUGCUGAUCUACGAAAGGCAGUGCCCGUCGUGCCACCGCUCGAUGUGAUUGAUAUUCUAAUGUGA